AUGCCGCGCGCUUAACUGUUCCUGGUGGUCUCUAGUCCCGGGUCAUCAGUUUUCGACACUGAACACUUGCUCAACUAGUGGUUCUGGAAUUCCCGACGGCACCUGAACGCCUCGUCUUGCCAGGGGCGGGUAGGCGCAAACUGGGCAGCAUGGCGGACGAUGGACUCAGUUGGAGCGGACUAGGUGGCACAAACGACGGGCAGGGGGCGACGGACUGGUUAGACACGCUCGGCUUGGGCGGAAUGUUGCUGAAUAUCAGCAUUUUGGUUCUGGUAGUGGCGGUUUGUGUAGUAGUAUACCGGCGGUGGGGCAGGCGGCUUGUAUCCGACGGGGCCGAGGACGGCGAGGCCCCGAUGCUUACCAAGAUGAGGAGACGGGACUUCACUUUGGAGCAGCUGCAGGAGUACGACGGUGUCCAGAACCCCCGCAUCCUCAUGGCCGUGAACAUGAAAGUUUUUGACGUGACCAGCGGCAGAAAGUUUUACGGAAAAGACGGCCCUUACGGUAUCUUCGCCGGCCGAGACGCUUCGAGGGGCCUGGCCACCUUCUGCUCAGAGAAGGACGCCCUGAGGGAUGAGUACGACGACCUGUCAGACCUCACCGCCGUACAGAUGGAGAGCGUGAGGGAGUGGGAGAUGCAGUUCCGGGAAAAAUACGACUAUGUCGGGAGGUUGCUGAAGCCCGGAGAGGAGCCGUCAGAGUACACAGACGAGGAGGACAUCAAGGACCACCUGAAGCACGACUGAGCAGUCCCCAUCCCACGUACCAAAGCCAGAAGCCCCCAAACAGCUGUAUCUGACCGCCCCGGAGCACCAGAGCCCCUCCACGCAUCGUCCCAGCCCCCGUCCAUCCAACGGUCACUCCUCUUUCUAGUCCCUGUCUGUGUACAGAAACUGAAUCCGUCUGGUGCUGCAGCUGUUUUGGAAGGGGAAGGAGUAAAGUCUCGACAACCAGA